AUGCUACAAUCACAACCAAAAAUCCCAGAAAUCGGCAGUGAAUUUCCAACAGUAGAAAGUUUCAAGGAAGCUGCCCAAGAAGGUGCUAAAGCAGCAGGCUUCGCUUUUAGUGUAUCAUCAUCAAAAAUGACACGUAGGAAAAAGGUGGCCAUACGCCUUUUGUUACUCUGCAGUGUACAAUGGGAGGCAAAUAUAGAAAUAACCAUGAAGUUACAGAAGAAACCCGAAAAAGAGUCAAAUCAACAAAAUGAGAAAGCUGGAGUUUGGGUGGUACGAUCUUCUAAAAAUCAACAUAACCAUGAACUUCUCUCAGAAUCACAAGUUCACUGUCUUUAUCAACAUCGAAUUCUUAACCCAGAACAGAAAGAGAUAGUUCAUAUGAUGCUUAAAAGUGGGGUUCCAGUUCAGUCAGUUGCUGAUACAAUAUAUUGGAAACAUGAAACUGUAUAUACAAAAGAUAUUGUUAAUGAACGUGACAGAAUUAAAAAUGCUUUGAAUGAAGGAUCAAAUCGUGAUAUGACUAUGCAUCUUAUACAAAUGUUGGAAGAGCUAUUUGUUUCAGAUAGAUCCCAAGCCCUUCGAAAAGCAGCAAAUAUAGUUUUUCCAGAUGCAAAAAAAAUGGUAUGCAUCUGGCAUAUGCUUGUGCAAAAUCUAAAAACUGCAUGUAGAAAAUUUUUUGACAAUGAAGAUGAUUAUAACAAGUUGUUGCUAUCAAUUCAAAAAGUCGCUUAUGCAGAAGAGAUGAGCAUAGUUGAAAAAGCAUUCGAUAAAAAAAAGGAUGAGAAAUGUUGGAUGAACAUUUUUACAAAAUAUUAUCCACAUAUGGGGGUUCAUUCGAUACAAAGAGCGGAAGGAAGUUAUAGCUGUUUGAAAAAAGCAAUAGAAGCAGCAACAUUUGGUUUAAAUAUUGUUUCUGUUGACUUAUUUAUACUUAAUAAUAAAAGAUUUGAACAAUUGGUUGGAAAAAUUUUGAAAUGGGCAAUUGAUCAAAUUAAAAGAGAAAUAUGGCCUAUUCCACUUUCUAUAAUACAUUCUCGCUGGCUCCUAAAGCAUGAUUCAAUAUCCAUAUUGCCUUCAUCCUUGUCGCCUAAUAUAGCUAUUAAUAAGGCUUUAUAUAUGUUAGAAGAAAAAUAUAGAAGCUUAAAUGACUGUGGGUCAAAAGCUACGCUUUUGAAUAAAAUCAAUACUCUAAUUGAUGAGGAAAUACGUGAUCCUUUACUUAGUGAACGUCAAGAUAAAGCUGCUAAAAAAAAAGAGAAAAACACACCUAAGCUUAUAAAGGAUUUGCAAAAAUCACACCAACCACAGCAACCUUUAUAUCAUGAUCAAAUACCUAUUUAUAUGCAUGAGCAUAUAAAAAAGAUAAUUAACGUGGAUAGAGAUGGUAAUUGUGGCUACAGAGCACUAGCAGUAUGUUUAGGGAAAAGUGAAAGUAAAUGGUCAGAG